UGUAAGACCGAGACUACAUUCCCCAUGGUGCACCGGGCUCAAAGGAGCUGCACUGUGAUUGGCCCCCCUUGCUGCAAGCUGCUCGAGAAUGAAUAAAAUUGUACAGUAUAUUCCGAUGUGAGAGGUAAAAAAGGGGGGGCUGGGAAAAAGAAAAAGAAAGAGAGAAUAGAAAGGGGGAUCCGUGGCUUCUCCCACCAACCCAGCCAGGCUGGGUGAGGCAUUUUCUCCCGUAUCAAAAUGGCCACAGCUGUGCACAAGUCUAUCAAAUGCCUGGGGGAGGAUUUCUACCGAGAAGCCAUCGAGCACUGCCGUAGUUACAACGCCCGCCUGUGCGCCGAGCGCAGCAUGCGCCUGCCGUUCCUGGACUCGCAGACAGGGGUCGCUCAGAACAACUGCUACAUCUGGAUGGAGAAGACCCACAGGGGCCCAGGCCUGGCACCCGGUCAGAUCUACACCUACCCAGCUCGCUGCUGGCGGAAGAGGCGGCGGUUGAACAUCCUGGAGGACCCACGGCUGCGGCCCUGUGAGUUCAAGAUUGAUUGUGAGCCCCCCCUGAAGAAGGAGGCCUCGCUCCCUGAAGGGCCCGUCCUGGAGGCCCUGCUCUGUGCCGAGGCGGGAGACAAGAAGCCGGAGCUGAAGGAGGAAGAGCUGAUCUUAGACUGCCCGAAGGCUCCUCUGGGCGAAUUCCUGCACGAUUUGGACCCGGAGGACCUUGAGGAGGACGUCCCCCGGAGGAAGAACAAGGCCAAGAGCAAGGCCUAUGGGAUCGGAGGGCUGCGGAAGAGGCCAGAGGCGGCCCUGAUGGAGGACCGGGACAAGCCCUACGUGUGUGACAUCUGCGGGAAACGCUACAAGAAUCGUCCUGGACUCAGCUACCACUACACACACACCCACUUGGCGGAAGAGGAAGGGGAGGAGGGCCCCGAGCGCCACACCCUGCCCUUCCACCGCAAGAACAACCACAAACAGUUUUGCAAAGAGCUGAACUGGGUCCCAGAGAACCAGCGCAGGCACGCAGCUAAGAAAGCUCCGGAUGGGACAGUCAUACCAAAUGGUUAUUGUGAUUUCUGUCUAGGCGGCUCCAAGAAGACUGGCUGCCCAGAGGACUUAAUCUCCUGUGCUGAUUGUGGACGCUCAGGGCACCCGUCGUGCCUGCAGUUCACGGUGAACAUGACGGCCGCUGUGCGGACCUACCGCUGGCAGUGCAUCGAGUGCAAAAGCUGCAGCCUGUGUGGCACUUCAGAAAACGACGACCAGCUGCUCUUCUGCGAUGACUGCGACCGCGGCUACCACAUGUACUGCCUGAGCCCACCGAUGGCCGAACCCCCUGAAGGGAGCUGGAGCUGCCAUCUGUGCCUGCGGCAGCUGAAGGAAAAAGCCUCAGCCUACAUCACCCUGACCUAGGCUCAGCCUCAACCCCCCACCAGCCUCAACCCCCCCCCCCGGGACGCUCGAAUUGUACUGCAGGCCACGCGCGGGAGCUGUGCAGGGCCUCCACCCGGGACUAAGGAGCAUCGAGGUCUGGCACCCAAAGUGUUGAUGGGCUCCUGCAGUGGGACCGACACCUGUCACUCCUGGCCCCACUCAGGCCACCCCAGUGGGGCCAGUCCACACAAAGCCAUAUGCUGGGGGGGGGCAGAGAGCAGCCCCUCUGCACUGGUGGGGGGGGGGGGAGCUCCAUCCCUCCAGACUGAUGCAUGUGAUGAAAGUGUUUGCCUUUGCUUGCAAGUCCAGAGGCUUCCUACCUGGAGGGGAGGGGGCCACCCUGGCCGUGGACCCCCUUCCUGCCCGUGGGAGCAACCUGCAAGCCUUUGAGGAGAGUUGGGACCAGCCGGCGGGACGGGGGUUGGGCUG